ACUCCAAGCUCAUUUUAUUGACCAUUUUAUUAUCCUAUUUCCACUGGUUUCAUGACAAUGAAUGCCUCUGCUAUUCUCUUCUUCUCUCUGGCUGUUCUCGGAACUCUCCCCGUCUCCUCGAAGGCAGCCCGUGCCUUCUUCGUUUUUGGUGAUUCUCUCGUGGAUAACGGCAACAACAACUACCUCGCAACCACAGCACGAGCCGAUGCACCCCCUUACGGCAUUGACUCCCCGACUCGCCGACCAACCGGCCGUUUCUCCAAUGGCCUGAACGUCCCUGACAUAAUAAGUGAAAAUCUGGGAUCUGAACCCUUAAUGCCGUACUUGAGUCCCGAGCUCCGAGGGGAGAAGCUACUUGUGGGUGCCAACUUUGCGUCAGCAGGUGUUGGAAUUCUUAACGAUACUGGAAUUCAGUUUGUGAACAUAAUUAGGAUAUGGAAUCAAUUGCACUACUUCCAGCAGUACCAGCAGAGGUUGAGCUCUCUGAUAGGUCCAGAGCAGACGCAGAGUCUCGUGAACCAAGGGCUCGUUCUGAUCACCCUCGGGGGCAACGACUUUGUUAACAACUACUACUUGGUGCCUUACUCCCUGAGAUCUCGACAGUUCACCUUGCCUGACUACGUCACCUAUCUGAUGUCCGAAUACAAGAAGAUACUCGCAGGCCUGUAUGAAUUGGGGGCCCGUCGAGUCCUGGUCACUGGGACUGGGCCCCUUGGUUGUGUCCCAGCUGAGCUUGCAUUGAGAAGUAGGACCGGGCAAUGCGACCCCGAGCUUAAUCGAGCCUCAAAUCUAUUCAAUCCCCAGCUGAUCCAGGUCUUGAAUGAGCUCAACGGCCAGAUUGGCUCCGAUGUCUUCGUCUCAGUGAAUGUCUACACGAUGCACAUGGACUUCAUAUCCGACCCGCAAGCAUACGGUUUUGUCACAUCAAAAGUUGCAUGUUGCGGGCAAGGCCCUUACAACGGCAUCGGUCUUUGCACUGUGUUGUCCAAUGUAUGCCCGAAUAGAAACAUCUAUGCAUUCUGGGACGCAUUCCAUCCCACAGAGAGAGCCAACAGGAUGCUUGUGAGUCAAUUCAUGGCUGGAACAACAAAGUAUAUGAGCCCCAUGAACUUGAGCACCAUCCUGGCCAUGGACUCAAGAACCUAGGCUGUUCCAGAUCAUUUUCGCCAUGGUGAGCUUGCAUGCUUCUAUCUUCUCGUUUUCAAGCAUAUUGCUGUAUUUAGGUUGAUUAGGAUUUCAUCUAGAGGAGCGUCGCGUGUGAGAUGGAGUUUCUCAGUCAUGUUUACGUCGGUUAGAAUUUCGUAACGAAUGAAUUUGUAUUGAGGAAAAUACCCAUCUUUUGUUUGAACUUAGUUAGAGAUGUCGGUGUACUGCAAUUUAGGAGGCUAACGAGUUUCUAACGUCUCUAGCUGUUGCAGUGGAUUCGUUCCACGUUUAGUUGGUUAGACUUUACAUUCAGUUUCAGAAAUGGAAAUGGUCUUUUUUUUUUGGUA